AUCAUUCCUCGGUGUACCGAAGCAAAGACGUUGUCGAGGUCGGCCGCUGCCAGAUUUGAAGUUAAUCUUCGGGACGCGGGGAUCCAUGUUUGCGGAUCAGCGGCUUGACUGCGCCCUCGAUUUAGCCGCGCCGCGCGCACAGGCGGUCCCGCUCCGCUGCAGCCCGCGAGUCAAGGAGGCGGCGGGAAACAUGAAGCCGUAGCUCCGUCGCCCGGAGCACCGAGACCGAGAACCGGGGCGGCGAUGACGCUUUGGGGAACGCAGCGGAGUUGGGGAUGGGAACAAGCGGAGUUGUUUUGAGCUGAUCCGCGGCAACUACAAGUGGAGGUUUCUUUCUUUUUUCUUUCUUUUCCUGUUAUACAUCACAAUGUGUGAGGCAGAGAUGUGGGUCGGACGCCAAUUCCUCCGCGUUGUGGAUACAAGGACUGGCAAGUUACCAGCGUAAAAUAACGAGGAAAGAAAGAAAAAAAUAACAACAUCAAUGUUAAAUCUGACCCUGGAGCGAGUACCAUGGCGAAAAGGAAGGGACUCUUAUUUUCGCUGCUAUACUUUAUAGGGGAGUUCUGGCUCAGUUCUCAGCAAGUCCUCAGAAUCGGGGGCAUCUUUGAGACCCUUGAGAAUGAGCCUAUCAGUGUUGAAGAGCUGGCCUUUAAAUUUGCCGUAACCAAUAUAAACAGGAAUCGGACCUUAAUGCCAAACACCACAUUGACCUAUGACAUCCAGAGAAUAAAUUUGUUUGACAGUUUUGAGGCCUCGAGACGAGCCUGUGAUCAGUUGGCCCUGGGUGUGGGAGCAGUAUUUGGCCCCUCUCACAGCUCCUCUGUCAGCGCGGUCCAGUCGAUUUGUAAUGCCCUGGAGGUGCCCCACAUCCAGACCCGGUGGAAACACCCAUCAGUGGAUAACAAAGACAGCUUCUAUAUCAACCUCUAUCCUGAAUAUGCCUCCAUAAGCCGGGCCGUACUGGAUAUAGUACAGUUCUACAAGUGGAAGACAGUCACGGUUGUGUACGAGGAUGCCACUGGGCUGAUUCGUCUGCAAGAAUUAAUUAAAGCGCCAUCCAGGUACAGCAUCAAAAUCAAGAUCCGCCAGCUGCCAACAGGAAGUAAAGACGCCCGUCCUCUCUUGAAGGAGAUGAAGAAGGGGAAGGAGUUCUACGUGAUCUUUGACUGUUCCUAUCAAACGUCAGCUGAUGUUUUAAAGCAGAUCCUGUCCAUGGGGAUGAUGACUGAAUACUAUCACUUCUUCUUCACUACUUUGGACCUAUUUGCCCUUGACCUGGAGCCCUACCGUUACAGCGGGGUCAACAUGACAGGUUUCCGACUCCUGAACAUAGACAACCCCCAGGUGGCGUCUGUGGUGGAGCGGUGGGCCAUGGAACGAAUGCAGGCCCCUUCCAAAGCCGAGAACGGGAUGAUGGAAGGAAUGAUGACGACUGAAGCGGCUCUGAUGUAUGACGCCGUCUACAUGGUGGCUGCUGCCUCCCAGCGCGCCUCCCAGAUCACUGUCAGCUCUCUUCAGUGCCACCGACACAAACCCUGGCGCUUCGGAUCGCGCUUCAUGAACAUGUUCAAAGAUGCACAAUGGAACGGCUUGACAGGACAGAUAAUUGUUAACAAGACAGAUGGCCUCCGGAAAGAAUUUGAUCUCGAUGUCAUCAGCUUAAAGGAAGAUGGCCUGGAGAAGAUUGGAGUGUGGAAUUCUCAGACUGGCCUUAAUUUGACUGAAAACAACAAAGACUCGUCAACAAAUGUGACCGAUUCGAUGGCCAACAGGACCCUGAUUGUCACUACUAUUCUGGAAAAUCCUUACGUCAUGUAUAAGAAAUCCGAUAAGCCACUGUAUGGAAAUGACCGCUUUGAGGGCUACUGUCUAGACCUGCUGAAAGAGCUGUCCAACAUCUUGGGCUUUGCCUAUGAGGUAAAGCUGGUGUCUGAUGGGAAGUACGGCGCUCAGAAUGACAAGGGGGAGUGGAACGGUAUGGUGCGAGAACUCAUUGACCAUGUGGCUGACCUGGCUGUGGCGCCUCUUACCAUCACGUAUGUGAGGGAGAAAGUGAUUGACUUCUCUAAGCCCUUCAUGACACUUGGGAUUAGCAUCCUGUACCACAAACCCAAUGGCACUAAUCCAGGAGUUUUCUCCUUCCUCAACCCACUGUCUCCUGAUAUCUGGAUGUAUGUGCUGCUGGCAUGCCUCGGAGUCAGCUGCGUAUUAUUUGUCAUUGCCAGGUUCACGCCCUACGAGUGGUAUAACCCCCACCCCUGCAACCCCGACUCAGAUGUGGUUGAAAACAACUUCACCCUGAUAAACAGUGUCUGGUUCGGAGUUGGAGCGCUUAUGCAGCAAGGAUCCGAACUGAUGCCGAAAGCCCUUUCCACGAGGAUAGUUGGUGGGAUAUGGUGGUUUUUUACACUGAUCAUAAUCUCAUCCUACACUGCCAACUUGGCUGCCUUUCUCACUGUGGAGAGAAUGGAUUCACCGAUUGAUUCUGCAGACGACUUGGCAAAGCAAACCAAAAUAGAAUACGGUGCUGUGAGAGAUGGCUCCACCAUGACCUUUUUUAAGAAAUCUAAAAUCUCCACUUAUGAGAAGAUGUGGGCAUUUAUGAGCAGCAGAAAAAACACCGCCUUGGUGAAAAACAACCAGGAGGGCAUUCAGAGAGUCCUCACCACAGAUUAUGCCCUUCUCAUGGAGUCAACCAGCAUUGAGUACAUCAGCCAGCGCAACUGCAACCUCACGCAGAUCGGGGGCUUGAUUGAUUCAAAGGGCUAUGGAGUGGGAACCCCCAUUGGGUCCCCCUACAGAGACAAGGUGACCAUAGCCAUCUUGCAGCUGCAAGAAGAAGGAAAGCUGCACAUGAUGAAGGAGAAGUGGUGGAGAGGAAACGGCUGCCCCGAGGAGGACAGCAAAGAAGCCAGCGCCCUUGGGGUGGAGAACAUAGGGGGCAUCUUCAUUGUGCUGGCUGCUGGACUUGUCCUCUCAGUUUUCGUAGCUAUUGGAGAGUUUAUUUACAAAUCCAGGAAGAACUUGGACAUUGAGGAGGUGAGUGUCGGUCAGUGCGAGUGGCACAAUAAGUAUUAACAAGCAAAUUGACUGAACCCUAAGACUGUCACAAACCUAACACGUUUUGCAUCUAUUGUUGUUGUCUUCUGGGGACUGCAUUACUCACUUGGCCAAAACUGGAAAAAAGAAAAAAAAAACAAGCAGAUGUCGGUAUGUGAAAAACUGCAGUUUUGCAAUCACAAGCAAAAUACUUUAUUGUAGAGUAGUGUUUAUAGUAGUUUGGAGUAGAGCAUAUGGACUUUUUAUUCUUAAUUGGAACAAUACCUUUUAAACCCUUUUUAUGAUGACACAUAGUUUAUGGCUUCUGACAGCAGACUGCUUGACCAUCUUGGCCUUGCUGCUUUUUGAAUCCAGUAAAAAAAGAUGUUUAAUAAUGUAUUUAUAGAAAGAUUUCAUUGUCAUACCAUGAUACUGUAGGUAAGUGAUGGACGCUGUACAGUAUCACUUGCGGCUAAUUUGCUAUAUCUGGAAUAACUUGUCUGAAUUUAGCAGUUAUUACAGUAGAUACAAGGGUAUGCUGUCAUUGUAUGUUUGCAAUUUUCAUAUUCACAGGGCAACACAGAAACUUUGGCUUAACAACACAACUUCACGCCACUUUUGUAUGUGAUGAUCCAUUCAAACACGUCUUUUGCUUAACGCAGUAAAGAGUGCUUCCGGUACGUUGGCAAAUGAGCAGUCCUCAAAGCAAGUUUUUGUUCAUUAACUUGCUUUAUGUCUACACAUUUUUUUUGUAUUAUUUGACAUCUGUGGAAAUGCAUGUCGAUGUUCUGUCUCAAAGGCACUGUUUCAGAAUGACUAAAGUUGUGUGAAAACCUCGCAUCUUUCACCUCUUGUUUCUUCUUGCUUGGGUUUUGGUACGAGCACAUGGUUCCUCUGCCCGCCUUGCCUCCUUUUUUCCGGACGCAAGAUCUUUUUCGAACGCUCCAAGUUUUGGAUUUCAGCUCGUGAAACUCGCCGGAUCAUAACCAGAGGACCCGAGGGCAUUCCUGAGGUCUCGUUGUGUCCUCUCUUAGGUCCUGUGUGAUCCGCAUUGUGCCUGCAUGAUGGUUUUCUUCAAGACCCGAGACUUCCUCCUUGUUCUUGUUUGUUUGCGGGCACAUGUGGCUGUUCAGUGCUGUUUCCGUGCUAUGCCUUUGCUGAAUACUGCCAAGGUCUUAAGUUAACACGCUUUAUUGCGGUGAGUAGAUGUUGGCUACGUUUGAUGAACUGCUUCUGAAUAUAAAACGGUU